AUGUCUGCCUAUCAAUUGGACUUGAUGGACACAAACCCCCCCGCGACCCACGCCACGACGGUGGAAACCCAACCGCCCAACGCGGACAAGGGGAAGACUCGCGCUGACAAGGGGAAGAAACGCGCGGACAAAGGGAAGAACCGCGCGGACAAGGGGACAGACCGCGCACCCGACCCCCCAUCGACGAGCCAAAAUCUCGGGUACGGCCCUCCCCCGCUCGCCGGAGGUCGACCAGGACAACCCCUAGACCAGGCACCCUCCCGCCCCUCCAGCGACACACGGAAACGUCGCCGCGUCACAGACGACCAGCCCCCGGAUGCCGAACCCUCCACGGAUAGAGUCCAGAACUCUCCGGGAGCCUCCUUCGCACACACCGCCCCCCCGUUCCCCGAACUUGACGAGUACCCGGAGUCAGAACACGAGCCAACGGACGGCGACUACCACGCGUUCCGCGGACUCGACCCUCACGUCAUACUGAACGUGCCCCCUCCCCCACCUGCCCUACACUCCACCGCGAGCUGGCAGCAGCAGUACCCACCCUGGAUCGACCACAUGGAGAACGACAACAACCAAUGGAGCGCGGAGCCUACUUCCAACCUACCCACGACGCUAAACCAUCGAGAGCCAACGCAACACGUCGACACGAGGUGGACUCCCCCAGCGGGACAAGGAACGCUUCCCUACGCUCCGAGCCACGCCGUCGCACCAACCCCAUAUGAACACAGCUUCGACGCGUCCCUGCUUCGCCGAGAAGAAGAAUCGGCGUACUACACCCCGCCGCGACAAUCGACGGCAGCCUCUCCGCUACUCCGCCGAGCCCCCACUGUCCACCACGCCCCCCUGAACGUACGAUCAUCACAUGAUCCUUACCCGCGCCCACGUCUCCAGACAACGGGACACUUUGACCUCCCUGCCCGACCUGCGCAGUCCCCGCGCCUCGCGACUCAACCCACACCGGGACCGUCAAGGAUCUCAGCCAGUCAGGACGCACAGGUACCGCACCAACCUCUACUGGAGAGGCCGCAAAGCGCAGUAUCGAUCACCGGAGAUAUUCGCAUGCGAGACGCGAGCCCAGGUCGUGAUCAUCCACCGCACAUAGCGCGCUCAUCCCAAGGUGACCCCAUAUCACCAAUUCUAUACAUACACGCUCACACAGCUACUCCGGCACCCUUUGCAGUCCGCCGAUCCCCACCCCCGGUGACCUCGAGCUCACGAAGUCAGCAACGCCCUCCACGCUCUAUCUUUGACCCACCGACGCCGACGCGAACGAUUUACGCUCAGCAACCGGCGCCCACACCCCUGAGCAACGCACACCCCCCCAUGGCCCCUCACCCCAACCCCCCAUCUACCGACGCAGCCCAGGGCCCAGUAGCCCCUAUGAAUCAAGCAACCCUCCCCUUCGGACACGCCACUGCUAUGCCAGCCCCGCCUGGCGGAUUCGAAGAAAUCGUAGCCGACGACGCAUACCACAAGAUCGAAGGGCAGAAUGCGGAACAGGCGACCGCCUGGUUCGCGGACCAGGCAAACGCAGUCCUGGCCGCCAUACCUGCGCAGUCUGCGAACGACCCAGGACGAUGGGAACGCAUGGAAGCUCUACGUCACCACCUCCGCAUCCACUUUGGGGUCCCAUCUGCGAUCAUCAUGGCGCCGAUCCCUGAGAGGCCGACAAACGAACUAAACACCCCGCCGAUCUACUUCCUCAUUCAAGGUCUCACGCCGGCCCAACGACAAGCUAUCCUACGCCAACGAUGGCUAUCCACCCCUGCAUUCACAGCGUACUUCACCCAUCUAGGCAUCGAACCGUCGACUCUAGUCGGCUUCUGGACCGACCUCCAAUGCUUCGGCGACGCCUCCCCGGAAGGGAUCCGUGCCGCCUUUGCCCGAGUCUGGCAAGGCACGAGCGUAGCGCCCGGGAUUCGUGGCUUGAUCGAGCGUGACAUCCAGUCCGGCGGUCGCUGGCGCAACAUGUCAAUCGACCAAGCAUUUAACACCAUCCUUGCAUCCAUCCGCGUACGAAUCCUGCCGUUUCACUCGCGCGGAGGGAUCUUAGAACCCCUGGCCGUCGUCUACUGCGAACCACCGACAGCGAGCGUAGCCGACUGGACCUUCUUCCAAAGCCUAGUCGGCUUCCAGCAAUAUGGAAGCGCCUUCACUGGCCACCCCGUCCACUACCAACGUCACCUACGAUGCCGCAUCUGUCGAGGAGCCGACCACACGAUGGGCCUCUGUCCCUUGCCAAACCUCCCUGGAUGGCACGGCCCGACCCCCGAAUCCGACGUUAUCCGUAGGCAACUACGACGCAACAACGACAUCGACAACCAACAGCAAGCAAACGCUCAGAACGGAAACGGGCGCGGUAGUCGUGGCGGCCGAGGCGGACGUGGAACGAACCGUGGCAGAGGCCGCGGACGUGGAGGCCGUGGAGGAAACCCCGGACGUGGCAGACCGAAUUAA